AUGAGUUCGUCGGCGCCGCCGCCGCUCAGUCCAGCGUUAGAAGCGCAGAAGGCGAUCUAUGACGAAGCCAUGGUUCACGUCAACGCUGGAGUUGCUGCGCAGAGCGCGAACAACCAAGCAGACGCAGAGAAGGCUUUUUCGGCCGCCGUGGAAGUGUUGACAAAGGGCCUUGCCCUCAAGUUUUCGCAUGAAGACCAAGAUGCGUCGACGCGAUUGACAAAGAAGAUGGGGCGCUACCUUGACAUGAUCAAGGGACAGCAUGCCAAAUCGCCGGAAAGCUCGUCUGCCAAGUUCAACAUCUUGGACUUGGACAACUUGCCCGAGCGGUACGCACCAGUCACGAAGCUCCUGACGACAUCCCCCGUCCACGGCGACAUCUUUGCAUCCAUGCAAAAGAUCUUUGGGUUCCAAGAAACGAACGUGAAGAACCAAAAGGAACACUUGCUGCUGCUCUUGACCAACUACAAGGAAAGUUUGGAGACUCCUGUGCCAGAAGCCUACACGGAGAAGGUGAAGAAGAGCAUUAAGGACAAGGUCGUCGAGUUGCCCAAGGACGAGGAUGACGCCGCGGUUCAAGCAGUCGCCAAACUGCACACUCGCCUUUUCGACAACUACAACAAGUGGUGCAAGUACCUCAAGGUACAACCAUCAUUCUCCAAGGAGCCUCUUGCGGACCUCGUGCUCUUCUUCCUCAUGUGGGGCGAAGCUGGCAACUUCCGUCAAACACCAGAACUCCUCUGCUUUCUGUUUCAUUCUUUGUGCCCCAAGGCACAGCCUACGGACGCUCCCAAGGAAACUGGCGCGUACCUCUCUACGGUUAUUCGCCCCAUCUACGCCGAAGUCAAGAAAGAUAACGACAAGAAGACGCCGCUCGGGCAACGCGCGCCUCACAAGGAAAUUCGAAACUACGACGACUUCAACGAGUUCUUCUGGACGAAAAAGUGUCUGGCGUUCGACGCGUACAACAUUAAGGAAGCUCUCGGAGCCGUCGACAAGAAAGGCAACCCGAAAGACGCCAAGAAGACGUUCAUCGAAACGCGGUCGUGGGUGCGUGCUCUGUGGUCGUUCCGCCGCAUCUUCCUCUUCAAUUUUACGCUGUUCCUGGCUGUCGUCGGGUUUGCGCUCAACAUGGUACUCUUGUGUCCGGAGAGCCCCAUCAUGUACGGCCCGGACAUGGGCAAGGAACUGACACUCUUCGGGAAAAAGUACUUCAACCCCCGCGUCGACUACGGUUUGACCAACGGCGACAACAUCCCGGACGUCGAAAGUGGAUGCAACCUCCCAAAACUCGCUACGUGUUUGGGUGUGACGGACUACGUGCCUGGCAUCACUUUCGGUGUCAUUCCCCAGGACUUCAAGAUGCUCAUCGCGGAUGUUCCUUUCCAGCCGUGUGUGGAAAUGUUGUCGGGGCGAUGCACGUGCUACUUGGACAUUUUGGACCGUUGCUUCAAGCAAACGGGCACCGGUCGCGCCAUUGUCGACUCGACGUCGGGCGAUCUUCGCACGUUCCAAAAUGUCAAGUACGACCAGAAAAAGUGCAUGCCCGAUUGGAAGAAGGCCGCGUACAACGUAAUUAACCAGGCUGGUCCGGGUUUACUCAAUUGCGGCGUGUGCUCGUUCCCGACGGCGGACAUCCCGACGAAACUCCCUGUCUUGCUCACGCAAUUCCUCGACUUUACCCGCACUGACAUGGGCCCGCUCAUCUUUGCUGGUGCCGCCAGUUUGUUUGUCGUGUUUUUGGUUGGCGAAGUCAACAACCGCCUCUUCUCCGGCAUGUUUAUCGGGUACGUCGGUCGCAACUUGCCCGUCCCGAUCACGGCUUUCUUGCGCUACAUGUGCUUCUGGCUGUUUCUGUUUUCAGUCAAGAUCAUGUUCGGGUACAACUUUAUGGUCAAGAACUUGGUCGAGACGUCGUUGAUGAUUUGGAUGUCGGACCCGCUGCAGUACCUCAAGGUGUCCAACUUUAUGAUUCAAGCGUCGUACCACAACAUCCUUUACAUCGCGUUCUUGUGGCUUCCUGCCUUUGUCGUGUUCAUGUACGAUGCGCAGAUCUUCUACGCCAUGUUCUCGGUCGUGUUCGGGUCCAUUCGUGGGUUCAACCUCCGUAUCGGCGAGCUCCGGUCGUUCCGCAUCCUUCGCCAAUCCUUCAAGCUCAUCCCCAAAAUGUUCAACAAAAAGCUCGUGGAAAACGCGGUCGAGAUCGCGCUGCACAAGCAAAAGCUCGAAGACAAGAAGAACGGGAAGCCCAAGGCAGACGUCGAGAAAAAGGCGUUGGAAAUUCAAACCACGACGUAUAACACGCCCAGCGACGGCUCUGCGGCCGGACCGCUUCUGACCCAUGGAAGCGGAUCCAGCUCGUCCAUUCGCACGUUCGGGUCCGUCUCGGGCAUCGGCGGUGAAGAAUUCAAUCGUGUGAUUCCGUUCGCGUUGGCAUGGAACCGGUGCUUGCAGAGCAUGCGCGAGGCAGACGUGAUCAGCAACCGCGAACUGAGCGUCCUCAGCUACUUGAUCGAGAGCAAGGACAAGUCGGAGCGCCGGUUGUACACGCCUGUGUUUCUGACUGCAGGCAAGUUGGACGAAUCCCUCGAGAUCAUCACGGACUGUGGUGUCGUCUACGAACGUCUCAAGAGUGACAAGAAGAAGGAUGCAGCCCUCGAAAAGGUCGAAGCGUCGAUGCGCAACCGCCUAAAGAAGGACGACUUGCGUGUCGAGGCAUGUCUAGGAUCGUACAAGUUUACGUCCCGUGUCGUCAGUCAGCUCCUCGGCGACGCGCACGCUGACUUAGACUCAUGCUUUGCAUUCAUCGAAGAGUGUGUCGCCAACAAGACGAUCUUGAAGGCGUUGAAUGUGGCCAACUUGCACGCGUUGCGCACGGCCAGCGCCGAAAUGAUGAAAGCAAUCGUUGACACCCCCAAGGGCGUCAAGGAGGACUCCAUCUUGUUCCAGCGCGCACUCUACCGCGUCACCGACACGACUGAACAAGUACUCAACCAUCUCAAGAAGGUCCUGUCGAAACAAGAAGCCCUUGCCAAAAUCAUCAACGACACUCCUCUCAAGCAAAAUGCAUUUUUCAUCGCGCCGGAAUCGACCCAUGAAUAUGCCAUUACUCAACUGCAAAAGUUGAUUUCGGACCCGGCGUCGAUGGCGAUUGUGAGCCGCGCGUACCAAUACCGCGCCACGGGCCGUGGGUUCACCAUCAAGCAUGAAAAGUUCGCCGAGUUGUACCGGUUCUAUGCCUUCAGCCACUUCUACCGCGGCGUCGAGCUCAUGUUCCUGCUGUGCAUGUUUGCCGUGUACGGGACGUUCAACUGGUGCAACUGCUCGUGGACGAUUGACCGCGCGUUCUACAACGACGUCGAGCCAUUGCCGUAUGAGUGGCGCCAGCGUUGCUACGCCAAUUUUUACCAGCAGUGCGUGCUCCCAACGAACCAAAACUACGGCAUCAUGAGCUACUCGCUGUGGCUGAUUGCCGCGACGUGGGUAUGGGCGCCGUUCUUCUUCAACCCAAGCGCGUUCGACUGGGAGAAACUCAUGGACGACUUUAGCGACUGGCAAAAUUGGCUUCGCACCAAGAACGACUCGACUGAGAGUUGGUAUGGGUGGUGGACUGCCGAAUUGGACUUCAUGGAGCACUCAACUCGGUUCGCUUGCUUUGUCACGGCGCUGCGCAAGACCCGCUUUUUACUCGUCGGUAUCGGCAUCUAUCUCCAGCUCAUGUACCGGUUGUUCUACAAGGACUUGCACAAAACGGUGGCGGAAGACGACCCGAUGAAGCCGUACAUUUUGGCGGUAGCGAUCCUGAUCGUCUUGCUCAUCCUUGGGUGCUGCGCUUGGAUUGCCAGUCGCGUGGCCAAGAAGAUGUCGUCCAAGCAACGCAAGUUGCGCAAGCUCAAGUUCAACAUCUCGGGCAUCAUCCUCGUCCUCGUGCUCGCAUCGUUGUUGUACAUCUCGGUGGGCAACCUGGCCGAGAUCUUUGUCAUUGUGUGCCUCGGCAUGUACUGGUUCCUCCAAGUCGCAAUCGCUCGUCGCAAGCAAGAGCACGUCGUGUGCAUCCAGAUCGCGCAGUUCUUCGACAUCAUCGUUGGGUGGAUCGUGUUUGGCCCGAUCUUGUUCAUCUCCAUGUUCAUGCCUUUCGUGUCGGCGUUCCAGCAGCGCGUCAUGUUCAACAGCGCGUUCACGUCCGGCCUUGAAGUGUCCAAGUUGCUCGGGAACGACGUCGUCGCCGAGUCCAAACCAACGGUGGCGGCGCCCGCGCCCGCCAAGGACGAGUCCAAGCCAAAGGUCAAGGCCACGAAGAAGAAGAAGACGGACGAGCCGACCCCGACGCACUACGGUGCGAUCUAAAGUGGUGUCGCUCCGUGAGUUUGUAAUUGCUUGUUACGUAAACAAUCCAUCGCUAGUAAUCAAAGCCGCAAACGAAUGGUCUUGCUGUGAAGAAGAGC